GUACCUAAAUUUAGGGUAGAGGAGGAAAACUGCAUAUGGAAAUGCAGCCGAUAGAGAAUACGUCUGAAGCUAUAAGGACUUUAUUGAAUUCACAAUGAACUGCUGAAUCUAAUAAACGGUUAGAUAUAGAGUUGCUUAGCACGUGAAGGAGAUGCCGCUUCCGGGGUUUUGAACAUAUUCAUAUUUCUGUCAAAAUGUGCCAAAACUGUGCCAAUCUUGCUGACUUAGAUGCUCCUCCAUGGAUGUGUGAGCCAGGGAUGAAAAGAAUAAAGAAGGAAUCGGGUGAUGAAGUGAACUGUCAAACAUGUGUUCUGGCUAAUUUAAAGCUUUCGGAUCAUGUCUUCAUAAACGACAUUAUCAAAACUCACAACGUCUACAGAAGGAAACAUUCAUCGCCACCUUUACGACAUGCUGCAGAUUUGACUGCGCACGCUCAAUGGUGGGCGGUGCAUUUAGCAGAAAAUGACGAAUUCCUACACAGUAAAUGCAUUCUUAAGAACCAGAGAAUUGGCGAAAACUUGGCAGUUAAGUUUACUAAUGGAGAUACAUUUUCUGGAAAAGAAGUCACUGAUGAUUGGUAUAGUGAAAUCAACAUGCAUAGAUACGGAAGAGAAACUGACAAUUCAAGGACAGGACAUUUCAGUCAGGUUGUAUGGAAGGAGACCAGAGAAGUUGGAGUAGGGAGAGCAAGGACGAACGAUGGAAAGGUGGUGGUUGUCACAAACUACAGACCUGCUGGAAACAAACCUGGUGCUUACUCCACUAAUGUUCUCCCACCCUCGGACACAUCAAAAUAUGAACAAACAGGCAAACGAUUAAAUAUGUUUGGAAGAAGCGGAGGCGGAGGUGAAUCUAGGUCUACUAAAACAUUCACAGAAACAACAGGCUCAGGUGCAAACAAAGUAACAAAAACAGUGGUCGAAGAAACAAUCAUAAAAGCCGAUGGCAGUAAAACAACAAACCGGAAAGAAACCAUAACACAUGGCGGUUCAUCAAACUCUUCUGCUCCAGCAUUGCAAAGUUCAAGUUUUCCAUCUCAUGAUGACUCCAAAAAGAAGGAAAAGGACAAAGGAGGCGUAUUGGGGUUUUUCGGAAAAGGAAAGGAUAAAAGAAAGGGAAGUAGUUCAUCAGAUUCAUCACCAGAAACAUCUAGAAAGCCACAAAAUUUAAAAGCAUUCAUAGAUGACGCUGUUAAAACUCACAAUGACUUGCGUAAAAAGCACGGUGUUUCUUCAGUGAAACAUGCAAAAGAUCUGAGCGACUAUGCUCAGAAAUGGGCGGAACACAUGGCGGCAACUUCAUCGUUCGGACAUAGCUCAUGUACUUUAAAAUCGGACCGACUGGGAGAAAAUAUUGCAUGUAGGUCUGGCACGGGUACUGUGGAUUAUACAGGUAAAGAAGUAUCAGACUACUGGUAUAGUGAAAUCAAAGAUCAUACUUUUGGAACAGAGCCAAGAACUACUGGAACAGGUCAUUUCACACAAGUAGUAUGGAAGGAAACAAAAGAAGUAGGGUUUGGAAAAGCCAAAAGUCCAGGAGGUCGCGUGUUUGUUGUGGGUAGCUACAGACCUGCAGGCAAUAUGGUCGGAAGCUAUAAAGAAAACGUACCAGCUCCAAAGAAGUAAAGUGCUCAAUAAUAUCUUCAAAAGGAAUUAUUUUUUAUGACAAAUAAGUUACAUUCCAAUCUGUCGCCACUUUCCUAGUGAAUAAUUAUACAUGCGAAAAGUUCGGAAUCUUUAAUAUCCGGCAUUCCAAUUUUAUCACAUCUAUGGACGUAUUUCCAGACCGCAUUAAUUGGUUGUUUUUACUAAAUAAUGAUUGUGUUCUCUUUAAAUAUUUCAAAUGCAAUAUCAAUCUGAAUAGUUUUUUCAUUGUAUGCUUAAACUAUGCGACAUUUGUGUUGUUAAUCAAUUUUUAACCUCUCCGACUUGAUUCAAUUGUACCCGUUAAAAUGUCGAGAAAUUGCAGAGUUUAUAGCAAUUAAGAUUGUAUGAUUUAUGCAUGUAUAAACGUACUUCAUAGUUAUUCAAAUCAUGUGAAAUAGAUGACAAUCCUAGCACGUCAACGUGUUUCUGUAUCAGAUGUGUUUAUUAUGGUUUUUUUUAAUUUUAUUUUCGAUGUUUAUGUGCCAUAGAUAUUAUCAAACUUCGAAACAGGGGUUAAACCGUUAAUGCUACGCUACAUUGGAAAAGCAACGUCCCCUUGGUUUCGGAAAUUGAGAUAUUACAUGACUGAUAGUAUGUAGUGUUAUAUGAAAGUGCAAAUUUAUUACAUAUAGUGAAAUAUAUAUAAAAUAAAAAAUCAAUAAAAAUCAAUAAUUAUCA